GAUUGAUUAUAGUUCGAUACCAUCAUCCAUAAACCCUAAACCCGCUAACCCGAUCCAAUGACCCGCACCGUCAACUUCCCUCUCCUCUGCCUCGCCGCCACACUCCUCCUCCUCCUCUCAUCUCUCCUCGUCGUCUCAGGUAAACUCACCGACGAUCUCAAGCCAAACCGCUUAGAGGUUUACGACGGAGGAAAGAUUUUCGACAUCAGCCACCGUUACACGCCGGAGAUGCCGGCGUGGGAGUCAACGGAGGGACUUUCAAAUCAUCUGAAACUGAUCGCGAGUAUGAAGAACGGUUCUUUCGCUAACGUGUCGGAGAUGAAAAUGUCUGUUCACUCAGGAACACACGUGGAUGCUCCAGGGCACUUUAUUGAUGAGUAUUACGAUGCUGGUUUUGAUUCUGAUUCGCUUGACCUCCGAACUCUAAACGGUCCUGCUUUGUUGGUUGAUGUUCCGAGAGACAAGAACAUAACUGCUGAGGUGAUGGAAGCACUUCAUAUUCCAAGGGGAGUUCGUCGUGUGCUCUUCAGAACAUCCAACACUGACAAGCGGCUUAUGUUUAAGAAAGAGUUUGAUUCAAGCUUUUCUGGAUUCAUGACCGAUGGGGCUAAAUGGUUGGUUGAGAACACAGACAUCAAACUUGUUGGUCUUGAUUAUCUUUCCUUUGCUGCUUUUGAGGAAUCACCUGCAACUCACAAGGUUAUACUUAGAGGAAGGGAUAUAAUCCCUGUGGAAGCCCUGAAGCUAGAUGGUGUAGAGGCAGGAAUGUACUCUCUUCAUUGCUUACCGUUGAGAUUGGUUGGAGCAGAAGGAGUACCAACGAGAUGCAUCCUCAUCAAGUGA